AUGAAGUACAUGGCUGCGGCCGUGUUGAUGGUGGCUGCGAUCAUGAUUGGGGCGGAGGCGUCGGUCAAUGGGCGACAUACCCUCUUCAUCGAGGAACUCUGCUUCCCCGGCCAGCAGCGCUGCCUCUCCGAGGUGCUCUGGCAGGGCGACCACUUCGAAACCGACGAGUUCAGCACUGAUGACCUGCUACCGGCCACUGGCGGCUCUGGCACGAGUCUCACAACCACCGGCGACACCGUCACCUCGAGCUCCAGCGGCGGAAGCACCAGCGGUUUCCCUGGUUUUUAUGCCAAGCGGGAGGAAGAGGGCGGUACCGGCUUCGCUCCCGGGCGCGAAGCGGUGGACGGCGUCGUCGACGAUGAGAAGGCCGGCCGAGCGUGGGGCACGGACGACGACAUGGCGCGCGAGGAGGAGGCCAAGCUGAUCGAGGCCGAGCGCCUGCGCGUGCAGGAGGAGACCGGCAUCUACAUGGCCACGAACCAGUUCGACGAGUUCGAGGCCGGUAGCGUCGUUCGCAGCCGCGACUCCAACAUCCUCAAGAAGAUCGAGGAGCUCUACGGCGGUAUGCCCUGGGCCAGCCCCUUCACCGAGGCCAGAGAGAGCCUCAAGCAACUCCGCAACGUUACCCGGCGCUCGAACGGCCACCAUAAGCGCGCGGCGGUGGUGGAGAGCAUUCGUGGCGGUGGCGUGGCGGGCUCAAUCAACGUCGCCUCCUUCGACGUCCCGCACUCCUCUCGCCAAGGUCCUGUGCGAGCGUACCCGAUCAAUUCGAUCCUGGGCAGCUCAGUGAAGCGGAUGGACGCGCGUACGGCCGUGGGCAUUGGCGGAGUCUACUCCAUGCUCGAGGGCGUAUCGGGCAACUACCCCGUACACUUCCGCAAGCGAGUCGACUCCUCGUCGCCCUUCAUCUUCCAAGCGGCUACGGACUUCGACCCGUACGGGACCUGGCGGUUCGGCGAUCCGACCGACAGGACUUGCCCCCACCUCUUCAACUUUCAGUUCGUUCUCAGGCUGGAGCAGAGGAUUGCCACUCGCCUUGAGCUACACCUGUCCUUCGUGGACGCCAUCAUCACCGAAGUGAAGAUGAGCAUCGCCCCCUCCAAAACUGAACAGUCACCGCUGUAUGAGGACGUCUACUUCAUGUACCGAGGCCUCACCUACUCCCUCUACGAUUCGGGCACCCUCAUCGACAGCGGUGCCCACACCGACGGAUUCCGUGAUGGUGUCCCGCCGGUGCCGAUUCCGGGUGGUGCCGAGGGCUGCUGCGAGGAGAUGCCCUGGAGCUUGAGCCCCGCGCCGGACUGCUCGGCCUUCGAGCUCAACUACCCCGUCACCCUCAACCCCAGCCCAGCGCCCCUCCAGCCAUGGGACGUGGACAAAUGA